AUGGAGCGAAUGGUCAACAGACGGCUGAUGGACCUACUGGAGGAGCGCAAACUCUUGGAUCAACGACAGUUUGCGUUCCGACUCGCCAGCUUUGGAGAGGUGGUGCGUCAAUCUGUAACUGAUGGCCUGCACGCCGAUAUCGCCUACUCGAUGUGGCGAAGGAUUAUAAUGCCAUGUGGCGUCACGGAGUACUGGAGCAUCACUGGAAACAUGGGCCACUUCUUGAGCGACUACCUAUCUAACCGCACCUUUCGGGUGGGAAUCGGAGCUGCCCAUUCCGACACCUUUCCGGAGGACAACGGGGUCCCCCAGAGAUCAGUCUUCGCCGUCACACUGUUCCUGGUAUCCAUGACCUCUUUAUUCACCAGCCUACCGGCGGGGAUCUACGUUUUCGUGUACGCCGAUGACAUCGUGCUCGUCGCGACGGGAGGUACCACCAUACAAACCCGCCGUAAGUGCGGUGAGCCCACGGGCUGUAUCAGUCGGCUUUAA